AACCAUCUGGCUCAGAGUCCCAAGGUAAAGGGAGCCUGUCUGAAGAUGAGAUUGCCAGUGCCAUUAAAGAAGCAAAGGGUUUCUCCAAUGAAAGCCCUGAAGGCCAGAGAUCGCCAACUGUUCCACCUGGAAAACAAGAUCCUAAAAAGAAGAUGCCAGAACUUCCAACUGGCGGGCCUCCUUUAGAUAAUGAAGUGAGCAGUGCUGAAUCCGGUGAUUCUGAGAUAGAGCUGGUCUCCGAAGACCCGCUAGCUGCUGAAGAGGUUCUCCACUCUAACUACAUGUCCUUCAGCCAUGCUGGAGGGCCUCCUCCUUCCCCGGCAUCUCCUUCGAUCCAGUACAGCAUCCUGCGGGAGGAACGCGAGGCCGAACUGGACAGUGAACUCAUCAUUGAAUCUUGUGAUGCUUCCUCAGCUUCUGAGGAGAGUCCAAAGCGAGAGCACGACUCUCCCUUGAUGAAGCCAAUCAUUAUGGACAUCAUACAGGAGGAAAAUCACUCCAGAAACGAAAAUGCCGGGGCCCCAAAUUACAAAGUAAGUAGCUCGAAGGAGAGCAGGAUGAACAAGGAAAACCUGGCGGACUCUGCCUCGUACUUGAAGUGUUCAUUUGGUGCUUCGAAGGUUCAUGGUGACCUGAGUUCCUCCUUGGGCAUCGGCACUGAAGAGAUAAAGGACAAAGUAUCACAGAAGAAAUCAGCAGAGGUGGCAGCCACUAUUAUGGCAAACAAACCACUGUCCAAGGGCUCAGUGGCUAGAAGUCCCUGGCCUUCCUCACCACUGCCAUUUUUAAAUAAGCAAAAAG